GGGUGACUGACUGCUGCGCCGGCGACGACGAAGAUGACUGGUGCUGCAGCGUCGAGGAGAGGAGGAGCGGCGGCGGCGGCGGCGAUGCUGCUACUGCUGCUGCUGCUGGCCGUUCCCUGGAAGCAGGCGCUAGCCGCACGUGGCAUCAAGCACCAGCUCAAGCAAGGUCAGUACGGCAUGAGCAAGAGCCUGAAGAACGGCGGCCUCUUCCCCUCGGUGUUCAACGUCGCCGCCAAGGCGGAGAUCAGCGUGAACGCGACCUGCGGUGACGACGGGCCCGAGACCUUCUGCAAGCCGGCCGAGUCGUCGCGCUGCGCCGUCUGCGACUCGCGAAGCCCCGACCCCCACAAGCGGCACAACAUCAACCAGGCCCUGGAUUCCAGUCCCAGCCGCUGGUGGCAGAGUCCGAGCCUCGCUCGCGGCGACCGGUUCGAGUACGUCACCGUCGUCCUCGACCUCAAACAGAGGUACCAAAUAGAGUACGUGAUAGUGAAGGCCGCGAACUCGCCCCGGCCGGCCGCCUGGAUACUCGAGAGAUCGAUCGACGGCGAGAAGUACCAAGCCUGGCAGUAUUACGCGCCGACCGACGAGGAAUGCUGGACGCGCUACUCGAUGCCGCCCGUGUUGGGAAAGCCGAGCUAUACCCAAGACGAUGAAGUCAUUUGCACGAGUUUUUACUCCCGGCAGACACCCAUGGAGAACGGCGAGAUUCACACGCAGCUGGUGAACGGCCGGCCCGGUGCUCUGAACCACACGCAGACGAUCCAGGAGUUCACGGAAGCUCGCUACGUCAGGCUGCGCUUGCAGGGCCUUCGCAGGAGAGGCGAAGCCGUCGUCGACAAGAGAAGGGCCUUCUACUCCAUCCGGGAGAUCAACAUCGGCGGGAGGUGUCUCUGCUCCGGACACUCCUCCCGCUGCAGAAUCGAUUUGCCUCACAAGCGCCAGGAGUGCGAAUGCGAACGACACACGUGCGGCGAGACGUGCGAUAGCUGCUGUCCCAUGUACAACCAGGUGCCCUGGCAGCCCGGAACCUCCGGCAAGGGCUUCCACUGCGAGAAGUGCAACUGCAACGGACACGCCACCGCCUGCCGAUACGACCACCAAGUCGCCGAGAUGAAGCUCUCGAUGGACAUACGCGGAAAGUACCGAGGGGGCGGCGUCUGCCUCAAUUGCUCGGACUACACGACCGGGAUAAACUGCGAAAAAUGCGAAGCCGGCUACUACAGGCCCAACGGGAUCCCUCCCGACGACCCCGAGCCCUGCGUACCCUGCGACUGCCACCCAAGAGGAAGCACCGGACUCUGCAUCCCCGACGACUCCUUCACCAGCCUGGGAAAGGUAUCGGGCGCGUGCGAGUGCCGCCUCGGCUACUCCGGGCACAAGUGCGACCAGUGCGCCGCCGGCUACCGGCAGUUCCCGGACUGCGUCCCCUGUCCCUGCGACGCUCGGGGCAUCCUGCCCUCCCACGACUGCGAGGGCGACUGUCUCUGCAAGGCCCACGUCACCGGCGAGUACUGCGACCAGUGCAAGCCCGGAUACUUCGCCCUCGCCCGCAACCACAUCGAGGGCUGUCUGCCCUGCUUCUGCUCGGGCCAGUCCGACGAGUGCCGCCUUGCCAAGAUCUCCCUGAGUAUGGUGUCAACGCUCGCGGGCUGGCAAGUGAGCGACAUAAACGGCUCGCGGGCCGUCUCGCCGAGUCUGCAGGGCGAGCACGGUUGGCCGACGAUAGCCGCCUUCGAGGUGGAGUAUCGAAGCCCCUACUGGCUCGCGCCCAAAAUCUACGCCGGAAAUCAUCUCUCUUCCUACGGAAGCAAUCUCACUUUCCUAGUCAGCUGGAUCGUUAUGCGGGGUGACACCAGCGGCAAACCGACCUCCGAGCCGGAUGUCGUACUUAUCGGCAAAAACGGCAUGCGAAUAGCUUACGGCGAAGACACCCAUAUGGGCCAGCAGGCGGAAAUCACGGUGCCGAUAUUGGAGCACGGCUGGUUCCACGUGCAGGUCAGCCCGGAAAUCAUUGACGGCGUGACGCGGUUCCGCAGGACGGACUAUCGGGGAGAUCCUGUCACGCGCCAGCAAAUGCUGGAGAUCCUCGCCGAUGUCGAGCACUUGCUCUUCAGGGCCCAAUUUCAUACGGAGCAGAUCGAGGGAAGUUUGAAAUCGGCGAUUUUACCAGUCGGGCAAGUUUUAAUGGAUGACGGAGAGAACAGCCUUGUGGAGAUGUGCUCUUGCCCGGUCGGAUACACGGGCUUGUCGUGCGAACAGUGCGAUUGGGGGUACGUGAAGGUGCCGAUCAACUCUACCGAUCACCACACCGGACACAAAUGCGUCAAGUGCGACUGCAACGGUCACGCCGGCUCUUGCGAUCUUAUGAUGGGCGAAUGCAGCACUUGUGAGCACCACACCAUUGGGCCAAAGUGCGAUCGUUGCACAGUGGGCUACUUCGGCGACGCUACCAGGGGGACCCCCGAAGACUGUCACAGAUGCGCCUGUCCCUUAGAUAUACCGACUAAUAAUUUCAGUCCGAGCUGUCAACUAGAUGAUCCGUAUGACUCAGAGGGCGAUUACGUGUGCACGCAAUGUCCUCUAGGAUAUACUGGCGAUCAUUGUGAAACUUGCGACAUCGGAUUUUUCGGCGACCCGCUUACCCCCGGUAGGACGUGCGAGCCCUGUCCUUGUUUCGGUGGCCCAUGUGAUCAGGAUACCGGUCGAUGCCUCGAGUGCCGCGGAAACACCGAAGGCUGGAAAUGCGAGAAGUGCAAAGAGGCUCACUACGGCAACCCGGCAGACCUCAACUGCCUGCCUUGUGCCUGCGAUCCGCUUGGCAGUACGUCAACGCUCUGCGAAUCUCGGACUGGUCAGUGCACGUGUCGCCCACUGUUCGACGGCCGUGACUGUUCUCUCUGCAUCGAGGGCUACGGGAACGUCACUGCAGGUUGCAUAGAGUGCGACUGCGGCAUCGGCGCCGAAGACGUUCAAUGCGACCCUGUCAGCGGACUCUGCAGCUGCAGUCCUGGCGCUGUUGGACCGAGAUGUGACCACUGCGACAUCGACCACUACGGACUGUCCUUCGACGGCUGUUCUGCUUGCGCCUGCAGUCCUCUCGGCUCGUUCUCCUCCAGCUGCGACCUCGUCUCGGGCCAGUGCCAGUGCAGGCCCAACGUCAUCGGUCGGCAGUGCGACAGGUGCCUGCCGGAGUACUGGGGCCUGUCGACGGGCGCCGGCUGCUCGGCCUGCAACUGCGACCCGACGGGCUCGCACAACGCCUCGUGUCUGGAGGCGAGCGGCCAGUGCCACUGCAAACCCGGCGUUGGUGGAUCGCGAUGCGAGACCUGUCUUCCGGGAUAUUAUGGAUUUUCCCGCAAUGGCUGUCAGCUCUGCGAGCCCUGCAACCGGCCCGGCCACAUCUGCGAGCAGCUGACCGGCCGUUGUUCCUGCCCGGCCCUGAGCCUGGGCGAGCGCUGCGACCGAUGCCGCCCGGGCAGCUACGACUUCCGGCCCGGCCUGGGCUGCCGAGCUUGCGGCUGCAGCGCCGCGGGUUCGCGCAAACAGCAGUGCGCCCCGAGCGACGGCCAGUGUCCCUGUCGCGAGGGAUUCGCCGGCAGACAGUGCGACCGAUGCGCUCCCGGACACUACGACUACCCACGGUGCAAGCCCUGCAACUGCGACGUCAACGGCUCGCUCGGCGAGUGCGACGACUCCUCCGGGCAGUGUCCCUGCAAGCCGAACGUCCUCGGCAGGAGGUGCAACCAGUGCGACGAGGGCACCUUCGGCCUCUCGGCCGAUAAUCCCAAGGGCUGCACCGAGUGCUUCUGCUUCGGCAGGUCGACCGAGUGCAGACAGGCCGGGCUCAGCUGGGGACAGAGGCGACUGCUUCGCCCGAGGGUUCUAUACGUCAACGACACCGUCAACGAAGUCGUCCUCACCAACUACGGCUCCUCGAUAGUCCUGCCGUACUUCAACAGCGGCCUGAACAAGACGAACACUCUGUACGUGGUGCCCGGAACCGACGGCGACGUCACGCUGCCCGUCAACUACUACCGCGAGUGUCCGGUCUACUGGCAGUUGCCCGAUACCUUUUUGAGCGACAAGAUCGUGUCCUACGGCGGAAGUCUCCGAUUCACAACGAUAACCGAGGGCGGCUACGUGCUGAGAUCGGGCCACCGUUUCCCUCUGGUCCAGCUGCAGGGCAACGGAAUCGUCCUCGAGUACUAUCCGGCCAACUCGAACAACGAGAGCUGCUACGUCGUGAAAAUGCACGAGACCGGCUGGCAGCUGAAGAAUCGAGCGGACGUAAAAGUCAGCAGGGAGCUCAUGAUGAUCGUCCUGCAGAACCUGCAGUACAUCUUCGUCAAGGCUUCCGACUACACCGACUUUUCUCGGGCCACUCUGCUGGAAGCAUCGCUGGACGCGGCGGUGCUGACCGCGACCCAUUCGCCGCCCGUGGCGACGAGCGUCGAGCAGUGCGACUGCCCGGAGGAGUACACCGGCACCUCCUGCCAGGACCCGAACCGAGGCUACUAUCGCUGGCGCGACACCAACGUCACGAGCAGCAGCGGCUACCACGAGCUCAUCGGUCGAGCCCGGCAAUGCCAGUGCAACGGCAGGUCCGAAAUCUGCGAUCGCGAAACCGGACACUGUCUGGACUGUCGAGACAACACGGCCGGCGUUUUCUGCGAACUCUGCGCCGAGAGCUACUACGGAGACCCGAAUUUCGGCGGUUGCAGGGAAUGCCCGUGUCCGCAGACCGACAAAAAGUUCUCCAACACCUGCAUCGUUCGCGCAGACAACCAAGUCGUCUGCGUCUGUAAACCCGGCUACGCGGGCACGCGCUGCGAGCGCUGCAGCUACGGUUACUACGGCUAUCCGAGCACACCGGGAGGCAGCUGUACGCCCUGCAAGUGCAACGCCGCGGGUAGCGCGAGCGACGAGUGCGACACCGAGACCGGCCAGUGCAACUGCAAGCCCGGCUCUACCGGUCGCGACUGCUCGCAGUGCACCCAAGAGCGACACGUUUUCAUCGGCCAGAACUGCAUGUCCUGCAACGACAACUGCACUGGGAUACUCCUGGACGAUAUGGAUGACAUGAAGUACAAUUUGAUAAACGCGACGACGCACAUUUCUACGGGCUACAUCGCGCCUCCCUGGGAAGAGUUGGCCAAUAUGGACGAUAACGUGACGAUGCUGUUCGAGGAACUGGCGAUUCGGAGGCAAAUAGAGGACAGACUCAAGCACAUUCCCUGGAAUAACUACAAAGAUCUUUCCAAGCAGGCGGAAAGCCUCUUGAGCGAUGUGAUCGGAUUGGCGAACGAUGCAAGAAGCAUCAAGUCGCAAAGCGGCGACAUUAGCAACAACGUGUACAGUUUGAAAAUGGAACUUGAAGGGUUGAGAAACGAACUGAACGGCACCAUCAUGGAACUUGCGUAUUACGGAAACGACGAUAAAAAAGUUGAAAUUAAAAAAGUUCUAAAAGAGGCUAAGAAGCUACUGAACGAAAUGAAGCUUGACCUGCCGAAGAGAACGAAGACGUUCCAAGUUUUGAUCAACGAAUGUACGGAAUACGUAGAGUGGCUCAAUGACUUGGUCGACUCGAUGGAACCUUUCGAGAAAGUCAAAGAAUCUGCUCACAACUAUUCUCUCAAAUUGAAAGACACGAUGAAAAAUAUGGAAACGACGAUGGAGACUAUGUUCACGUACGAUACACUGUACAAUGAAGUAAACAUGACCUAUGAAAUCCUAUCCUAUCAACAAGAAGGAAUUGAUGAAAUGAACAGCGAGAUCAAAGACUCGCUCGAAGAAGGCUCAACUCUUGUGGAUGAAGCGAGAGGGUGUAUCGUUGACAGUGAAAACAACAUACUGGACAUUCCGGAUCUGAGAAAUAAACUUGCGCAAUCCACGAAUAAUCUCGCUACCAAGGAGGGAAUUCUGCACCGACUGAAUUACGAGUACAAAAACAAAUACGUGAAUCCAGCGAUCGCUCACGCUCAAAAUCUCUCGGACUAUGUAGAUCAAUACGUAGGAUUAUUUUCGGAAACCAGAGCUCAGGCAGCGAAUCCUUUAAAAGCAAGUCAGGCCUAUAAAAAUAUCGUCGACGGUUUGACUGAAGCUAAACAAGCUGCUCAGGAAGCUAAUGAAAUUCUUGAUGAUGUCACCGAUAAGGUGUUCCCUCAAGGGCCAGAUGGAGAUUCUUUGCUAGAUGAUGCUUUGGAGAUCGGAUUGCGAUCGAGCGACCAAUUGGAACGAACAAGAAGUCAUAGCUCGCCAAUUAUGCAUGCAAGAGGUCAACUUGAAAGCCAGAAACAGUCGGUUGCUGGUUUAAAAGAUUCCUUGAACAGCACCGGAAAUAAGGACAACCAGAUAAAUGUGAAACUUCGAGAAUUGCAGAGCGACAAUAGAAAUUUACAAGAUAGACUGAAUGAUAUCCUAAAUGAAAAUAUGGAAACUGCCAAUUCUAUUGCCGAUACAAGGCAAUUAAUUGAAGAUUAUCAACAAGGUAUCUCAGAUGUUUUGGUACCCAAAUUGCAAGAUUUGAAGAACAAAGAUGACUCUAGCAUAAGCCUUGCCAGUGAAAAACUUGCCGAAGCUCAAAGCAUCAUCAAACUAGCCGACGCUAAACUGACUAGUAUGGCAACAGCUUCAAUAAAGCGCCAAAUGGAAUUCGACAAGUUCAACGGCACAAUGUCGGCCAAGUUGAAAAUGUUAAAGGAUAAAAUUGCCGAAGCAAGAAAUACAGCUGAUGGAAUUCGAGUUUCCAUGAAAUCCGCAGAGGGCAAAAAGUGUACAAGAUCUUACAGGCUGACAGACUUGCAACCGUCGGAAACCACAUCGAUACUGAUGACACUCGCUAUUCCUCAUUACCAAAGAGAAGGACUGCUGUUCUACCUUGCAAGUAGUAAUAAUGACGACUUCGUAGCCGUGGAAAUGUUCGAACGUAGGAUAAGGUUUGUGUGGAAUGUAGGAGGCGGCACUGGUGUCGUGACGCACCCGGAGGUACUCGAUGCUGGUGAUCCGCGCACGGAUGAAACGCUAUGGUAUCGCAUAGAAGCUGAAAGAGUAAGGCACAUUGGAAAACUGACCGUUAGUAAACAACUAACGAGAUCGAGCAAGUAUGCGCCAGUAGUAAACCACACGAGCGCAGAGUUUGGUAGAUUUGAUAUCACGACGAUGGAUCGCGUAUGGAUUGGUGGCUUGCCGGAACUGCAGAUCAAGCCUCCCGAACUUUUAGCUUCGAACGGAUUGCCUGGCUGCGUGCAUCAGGUUCAUUUGGAUGGCAGGCCGAUCGGUCUCUGGAACUUUAUAAGUACCGCGCCUGACAAUGCCUGUCAACCGUGCGUCGAAGGCGUUGAAAAGAUUAGCAACGAUAUCAGUUAUAGCUUUAACGGUGAGGGCUACGCUGUCCGAAGUCGCGUUAUAUCCGGUCCUUAUAACAAAUACAUCUUUGGAGUUUCCAUUAACUUUAGAACCUUUGAUGAAAAUGCCUUACUAUUCCUCGCAAUUGAUCCAGAAAAGCCGGACGGUUACAUAGUGAUAUUCCUCCACGAGGGCCGCGUGAUUUUACACAUAGUUUAUGGCGGCAACGUCAGCUUCGAGAUGUCCUCGACGUUCCGCUACAAUACUGGUAACUGGACGAAGGUCGAUGCGUUCCGACAGUUCCAGAAUCGUAAGAACAUCGAGAAAUGCAGCUUAAGCGUCGACGGCGAGAACGAAAAGAAGAUCGGCUCUCCGACUCCUCAGCCUCGUAAAGAGGACAUACCUGACCUCUCCAAUGCCAAGUACUUCAUUGGUGGUGUGCCACCCAGUUUCGGAAUAGAUGGCUUCGUGCUACCGACUCAAAUUUCCUUCCUUGGAUGCAUGUCCAAUAUCAAUGUCGGCGAGGGAUACGAUCCCAUGGCCGAACAAUAUUUCGGCAUUGAAUCAGGAUGUCGAAAUAAGCCUAUGACGAUAGUCGGCUUCCACGGAGACGGAUACUUAGAACUUCCAGGAGUACAACUUCGUAAAAAGGAGUCUUCUAUCAGUUUUUCGUUUAGAACGUUACAAAGCAACGCUAUGCUGUUGCUGUCGACGUUCCAGGGACCUGAAGAGAGACUUUUCGGCAUUCCUGAUCAAGAAUUAAUUAAGGACAAUUACUACUCGAUAGCUGUGAUCGACGGCCGCGUGCAAGUGCGCCUGAAUAACGGUAAGGGUGAGCUUUUGCUGCAAACCAAUGGUACUUUCAACGACGGCAAGUACCACACAGUUAUGGUAAUAAAAAAGAGAAAAGAGAUCGUACUUAGGAUAGACGACGCGUACCAAACCAACGACAAACUUGUUACGGGUGUAGCGAUCAAAGCCCCCCAGUUUGGUGGUCUAUACUUGGGUGGACUGCCGGCUUUGAUCAAUAAUACUAAAAUGGUGGCCACAAAUACUCCUCUGAGUGGAGCCAUGAAAAAUGUCAUUGUUGACGACAAUAAAGUUUUGAAAUUCGAUGAUGCCGUAUCCUUCGAGCACGCUUAUAUCGGUCGUCAAGGUCCCAGCAUAGGCAAAGAUCCUCCUGUCUACUCGUUGUCGGCUUCGCUGUCGAGAGGGUUGUCGACUCAGCCAGAGGGAUGUCAGAAGAUCCCGUACUAUUCGCUGGAACCUGGCGCAUUAAAGUUUGGCGACAAGCCGCAAAGCCACACGCAACUUUACCUCAAUUUUGAAAACUUUUGGCUUCAGAAAAAAGUCAUAGAGUUUGAUUUUCGAACGUACUAUCCAAACGGUUUACUCUUUAUUACUCCGGGCAUGCGUCAAAAGAACUACCUCAUGGUCGCGAUUAGAGAUGGUCAGCUUGUGUUGAUAAUCAAGAGCAAGCAGCGCAAAGAAAUACUAUUCAAGACACCGUUCAACGACGGCAAUUGGCACCACGUGACGAUUGGUCACAGUAUCCGAAAGCUCACGAUGGUAGUCGAUUCUCAGGCACCCGGCAAGGUAAAAGUGCCAAAGAAGAUCGGUCUAACGAAUGUGAUGUAUAUUGGUGGCAUACCUGAAAGUGGCACACCACUGCCUGACAACGUCGUUGCUAAACUCGAAACUCUAAAAGGCUGCAUCAGAGGUCUCAAAGUCAACGGCAACGUAUAUGACAUGGUUGGUUCAACGAGUAGACCUUACAACGUUGGUCAGUGCUUUCCCAAUGUUGAGAGCGGCGCAUAUUUCCAGGACGAAGCUUACGCAGUUUAUAAAAAGAACUUCGAGCUCGGUGCCAUCUUGGAGUUACAACUAGAAUUCCGAACAUCAGAACUGACAGGAGUAUUAUUAUCGAUAACGGCGCCUGAAGGAUCCCCUUCACUGUCGUUAGAAUUGCACAAUGGUAAAGUCGUCUUAUCAAGUAACAUGGGCGACGAUCAGGCGCUUUACGUUGAACAGGAGUUCAGCAACCCUUACACGAUAUGUGACAAUAUGUGGCACAGGAUUCAAGCUAUUUACAAUGACAAGGAGCUUGCUCUCAAAGUCGAUGAUCUAGAUCAAAAGUACGGGCUUCCGGUCAACAAUGAAGGUCAUUUCAUGGGUUCUGCAAUCACCAAUUCUUUGUACAUUGGUGGAAUACCAGCUUCUGCACCCAAGGGUACUUUGAUCACAAGAGAUCAUUUUAAUGGCUGCAUACGCAACGUCAUGAUUGGUGGAGAGCGACGAGACUGGAUCGACAUGGCGGAGCUUCACAACAUACACUUAAAUUCUUGUCCUGUGCAAUAAAUGUAGGUUUUACAUUGAAGGGUUACGAGAGACCCAUCAGUGAGAAAAAAAUAAAGUUAGGGUUACUUGAUAGCACAAAGUAGCACCAACCGGAGAGUCCGGUAGCCAGAGCCGGAGUCCAACAUAAUCUCUAAAUGUACCUACGCUGUCUUGCUCGUAAAUAGCAUUUUGCUUCUGGUUAUACUGCAUUAAUCGAUCAUAUUGUCUAUUAUUGAUAAUUUUCUAGUUUACGAACAAUGUAGAUGCGGUAGCACGAGUUCGAAAAUGCAUCUACUCUGGCCUAUGGAUUUUGUCCGGUACUGGCUACCGGACUUUCUCCGGUUAGGGCUACUUGACAAUGCUUACUUGAGCAACUCCGGUAGUGGCUACCGGACUCUCCGGUAAUCCUAACUUUGUUUUUUUUUCUCAGUCCUAACGAAGAACUGCUUCGUCGACCAGAUCCAAAGACUGCGAGUCAAGACUGCGCUCGAAGAAUGUAGUUGACAAUAUUACUAUCUGCAAAACUGAAGAUUGCGUGAAAACCAAGAAAAACUUGGACAAAUUUACGAAAUGAAGCAAGCAUUUGAUUACUUUCAAGUAUGACGUGUACUUAUACAAUGUAAGGAUGCCAUGAGAGAAAGGUUUUUCUUAGUUUUGGAACUUAAUUGAAAGGAAGAACUUUGAUAGAAUUUAAAAGACUUAUCGAAGCCAAAAGAUGCUAAUUGAUAACGUUUUAUUAGUCGAGCUUAAAUCACAAUGAUACUUAGUUCAAUCGCUGCAAUAAGAAUGCGCAAGUCAAGCAAAUACAUUCAUCACAUCGCAUUACAGCCGUUUAGAUUUUAAACUAGAAUUUUAUGUACUUUCGUGUAAUUAGCGAAACCACUGCCAUAUAAUAUUAUGACAAUCGAAUGUAAACCAGACAUUGUACAUCAGUAUUUAAUAUUAUUUAUUCUUGAUAUAACAUAAUUUAUGCUGAACAGAAGAGAGCAAGUUUAUAGUAAAUAGUGAAGAGACAUUAUGUUUUAUACCUAGAAAUAAUUUAAAUAAUAAUUGCACGUGUCUAGCUUAAUAAUUAUUAUUGUAUAAAGAAAAUAAAUGUGCCCUACAUACAAAUGCUGGAACAAUAUAAUAAAUUUAAGGAAUAUAAAAUA